GCGGACAUUCUAGGUUUUCCUUGAGCUCGCGGCUACAUGGUGAGGAUGGCAGCGAAGUUUUGAGAGUGCAUGUGCUCAGCAGAUGCGGUGCUCCCUGGAGCUGCUGUAGCGCUUGUCCGCGCCGCUGGAUGGCGGAGUUCAGGACGUCGCACGCUCAGCCGCCAUCAUGGUUAUACAUUUCUGCCGCUGAUAUGUCCGUCAGAAAAGAAGUCCAAGGUCCUGCAAAGACUAUAUCCUGCAGCCCAAGAGCAGAGUAUGCUGCAACCUGCUGCCCAGGAGCGGAGCAUACUUGCACCUGUGCCACCUGUAAAAAGACCUCAGUCCAUCCCACCCAAGAAGUCAGGUAAUGAGAAGUGUACAGCUGUACAAGGCAAAAAGCUCUACACUGUUCUUCCUCCUCCUGAAGGCUACCUCAUUAAUAGUGGGGAGGAUUUGGUCGCACCAUCCAAUCCAGAUCCCACUGACUCCGAGGACAGCCCAGCCGAUGCUGAUGACCAUGAGUUACGUAAGAAGAGGAAAAGGAGGAGAAAGAAAAAAGUGUUACCCAAUACCACAGAGGAAGUGUCCACCCCUCCAGCAGAGGGCGCUGUACUGGGCCAGACAGAUGCUGCACAUCCCAGUGAUGAAGGGGACACUGGAAGCUCAGUCAACACAGAGCAGCUCAGCAAGAACAGAAAGAGGAAGAUGAAGAAAAAACGUCACAAAGAGAAAGUCCAAGCUCUUGGAUUGGUGCCUCGAGCAAGAGCUGUUGAAUUCACGUACGCACAGAGAGGAGAUGUAAAUUCAGAGAAGGUGCUCGACUUCCUUCGUACCACACAAGAGAUCUACCUCUCUGAUCUCAAAUACUCUGGCUCCUGUGUAGAAAGCGGCCCCUCUCUUUCCCUCACUGCAGCGGAGGCUCUGUUCUCUCGUCUCUCAGGCAGGACGCUGCCCCCUGCUGAGAUCUCUAGGCUGUGUGGACUUAGGGCUGUACUGGUGAAGAAUGAAGGGCAGUUAAAAUCACAGCUGCAAGAAUUCAGACACACAAGCACAUUACAUGCAGAUGAGGUUUCAGUAGUCUGCACACUUAUUGAGUAUUGGCUGGCAGAGAUUCUGCCCAUGCAGAGACAGCAGAGGACAUGACGCCCCCAGAUUCAGCGCCUGAGAGGAAAAUGACUGAAUAACCAGCAGGUCCCUGAUUGUAAUGUCUCAUUAUGUAAGAGAUCUUCAGUCAUGCUGUUUUAUAGUCAAGGAUUUCAAGAAACUCGGGAUCAAUCAGCUUCAGCAACAAUUUGGAUUCAUUUUGAAGACCCAGAAUCAUGUACUUUAGUUUAUCCUGCCUUCACAUUAAUAAUUACUUAGGAAAAAGAUAUUUUUACACAUUCUCUGCUGCUCGUUCUUUCUUCACACUGCACCAGUACACUCCCAGAGACGUAUAUUACUGCAAGACAAACACUAAAGUAUUAUUAUUGACCGUGACUCUGGAUCAACGUUCUUCCUCAGCUCAUUAUGAGGAGUCUGUGGUUUAGCCUCUUAGCGGCUAAUUAUCUUAACAUCAGAACGUCAGUAGCUCCUCGCUGAUCUCACAGCCUGUUUUGGAUCAUGACAUUUAAGCUUUUAUGCACUAAACUGCUCGUUAACAUCAUUUACCCAAACCAGUGCCUGAUUUACAUUUUCUUUUUCGAUUCAAUGAGCUACUUUGGGCCAUCAAUGUGACAAGCCACUGUGACCAUCA